AUGUCAGACUCAACUCUCUACCUCUAUACUUCCCUCACCGCGGGGUCGUCGCACAUUGUCACCGCAACCUCCAGAAUCGAGACCAUCCUCAAAGCCAAUAAACUCCCCUUCCGUGCCGUUGAUGUCGCCACUGAUGAAGCCGCCCGGAAACUCUGGGGCCGACGCUCCAAGGGCAAGAAGCUUCCAGGGUUGGUGAAAUACGGCGACAUUGUGGGAGAUCUUGAAGAAGUCGAAGAAUGGAACGAGUUUGGUGAACUACGUAUGCAGCGACCGAGACCAAACCCGAACCCGCACCCGCGACCCCCAAACCCUCCACGACCAAGAGCCAAGACCCCCCCCGUUACCAAGCCCGAAGACAAGAAGGACGAUUUGGCUGUGUUGGCCCUGCGCCAAGCUAGCUCCGAGGCUGCCUCCAAGGCGAAGGCCAAAUCAGACGAUAAGACAGAGCCGAAAGAACAGAAUGCCGAAGCACCUGCGGCUAGCCGCGCGCACCGUGGCUCGGUGGCCCCCGAAUUACCCGACAUCGCUCCGGAUUCACCAAAGUGCGCCAAACGCCCAGCCCUAGUUCCCGAGCAAGCGGCUGUAUCUUCGGCAAACUUCCACGUGGAUAACGCAGAGGUGCUUGGGUUGGUUGGACAUCACCGUGGGCCCAGAGUGUCGACGCUCGAGGAUGCGGAUCAAGACAAGACGGUGCACGAGAUCAGACAAUCCAUUUCUGCGGAGCCGGGAACAGGAAAUCUCGACGCCCUGCGCAAAGAGGCUGCGGAGAAGACAAAGUCCGACCCGAUUGAGGAAGUUCCAAGUCCGAUUGUUGAUGAUGUGGCCAUCGAAAAUAAGGAAGAGCUUAUGGAACCCAAUGAGCCCAAGGGUAAUGCGAUCGCUGAAAUAAUUGCGACGGCUGUGGCGCCUCAAGGACCCAAGCCCGAGCUUAAGGAGGCCAUUAGUGCGAAGGAUGAUACCAAGGCAGGGCUGGUUCCCGAGUCGGCGGAGUAG